GAAAAGGAAAAUCACUAUUGAACUUUGAUGGCUGCAAUGGAUCCUAUAGACAUCAGUUCAUCUGAUAGUGAUAUGGAGAUAGGCGAAGCUAGGCAAUCAGAAACAUUGCAUAGGCAAUCAAGCAAUUUGAGAAUUCUUCCCCCAUGGGGAACCAAUCAUAGCAUAAAGUCAGGGAGUACAGGUUAUGGUGGGCAAUCUCGAACGGCUCUUUCUCAAGAAAGGGCUAAUGCUUCGGAUGCAAGCACUUCAAACGCAAAUAAUCAUUCACAGACAAAAAUGCAGAUGCUUCCUGGUUCUAGGGAAGACAAUCAAGGUUCAAACCGACAUGCGGGCCGAGCAGAGGAUUCUAAUUAUUUUUCUGGGAAUGGGAAUGUGGGUCAGCUUCAAACUGUUAAUUCUCGGAUUGCUAAUAUUUCCUCUGCAGAUUUUGAAAAAAUUUCAUCCCAGCAGGCUUUGAAGAGGACUCUUCCUGCAUUUUCUCAGCCAUGUGCACCAAGUACAAAAUCAAAAUAUUUAGUGGAAAAUGUGAGCAGCAGUCAGAUUCAUGAUGCAUAUGGAAAUUCUUAUAAUUUAGCUGGACCAGGUGCAACCAAUGGUGAGGGCUAUAUGAGAGACUAUUAUUUGAAGGGCAAAGACGAUGACAUUAUGAUGUAUGAGAAUAAUGGGAAUAGGGUUCUACCUUCUUCUUUGAUGCAUGGAAAGAAUUUUUCCUCGGCACAAUUUGGUGGUCCAAGUGACUCAGUCUACCGUUCAGGUCUCACCGAAGAAAGAGCUGUUGGAAGUGAUGAAAGAUUGAUUUAUGAAGCAGCAGUAGAGGAACUUAAUCAGCCAAAAGUUGAAGCUACUCUACCUGAUGGUCUUUUGUCUGUCUCUCUCCUAAGACAUCAGAGGAUUGCAUUGGCGUGGAUGCUUCAGAAGGAAACAAGAAGUCUGCAUUGUUUAGGUGGAAUUUUAGCUGAUGACCAGGGCCUUGGUAAAACCAUCUCAAUAAUUGCCCUUAUACAAAUGCAGAAGUUUUUGCAAUCAAAGUCAAAAACAACAUCCAAUCACAAACCUGAAGCGUUGAAUUUGGAUGAUGAUGAUAAUGAUGGUGCUGUUUCAGAAAAGGCCAAGCAGACCGAAGAAUCUGAUGAAAUUAAACCAGUCCCAGAAGCAAGCACCUCUACUCGUGCAUUCAGUCGUCGGAGGCCAGCUGCUGGUACAUUGGUUGUGUGUCCAGCUACUGUUCUCCGACAGUGGGCCAGGGAGCUGGAUGAUAAAGUUUCAGAUGAGGCCAAACUUUCUGUCCUCAUCUACCAUGGAGGCAGUAGGACCAAGGAUCCUGUUGAGCUAGCCAAUUAUGAUGUGGUUCUGACGACAUAUUCUAUUGUUACUAAUGAAGUUCCAAAACAACCUUUAGUUGAUGAAGAUGAGGGUGAAGAAAACAAUGGGGACGUGUAUGGAGUAUCAUCCGUAUUUUCAAUCAAUAAGAAGAGAAAAAAGAUAUCUAAUGUUAGCAAGAAGGGAAAGAAGGGUACAAAAGAAAAUGGUUCUUCCAUUGAUUGUGGUUGGGGUACACUUGCCAAAGUAGCUUGGUUUAGGGUGGUACUAGAUGAAGCUCAAACAAUAAAGAAUCACCGCACUCAAGUUGCUCGAGCCUGCUGCAGCCUUCGAGCCAAAAGAAGGUGGUGCUUAUCUGGAACACCAAUACAGAAUGCAAUUGAUGAUUUGUACAGCUACUUCAGGUUUUUAAGAUAUGAUCCAUAUGCUGCAUAUAAGUCUUUCUACAAUACCAUAAAGAUUCCAAUAUCAAGAAAUUCACUUCAUGGUUACAUGAAGCUUCAAGUUGUGCUGAAGGCUAUAAUGCUGCGCCGUACAAAAGAAACAAAGAUAGACAACGAGCCUAUAAUUAAUCUGCCUCCAAAAUCAACCUACUUGAAAAAGGUGGACUUCUCAACCGAGGAGUGGGGUUUCUAUAGGAAGCUAGAAUCUGAUUCUCACAAGAAAUUCAAGGCUUAUGCUGAUGCUGGCACAGUUAACCAAAACUAUGCAAAUAUUCUUUUGAUGCUUCUACGCCUUCGUCAGGCUUGUGACCACCCACUUCUUGUCAAAGGGUAUAAUUUUGACUCUGUUGGAAAAUUUUCUGUAGAAAUGGCAAAGAGACUCCCUAGGGAUAUGUUGAUUGAUCUGUUGAGCCGCCUGGAAACUUCCUCAGCUAUCUGCUGUGUAUGCAGUGAUCCACCUGAGGACUCUGUUGUUACGAUGUGUGGCCAUGUUUUCUGCUACCAGUGUGUAUCAGAAUAUACAACAGGCGACGACAAUACGUGCCCUGCGCCUAAAUGUAAAGAACAACUUGGUCCUGAUGUCGUGUUUUCAAAAGUUUCUCUUACAAGUUGUCUCUCUGAUGAUGUUGGUGCUGGUUCAAUGGAUUCUGAAUUCACUGAAAGAUCAAUGAUUCUCCAGGAUGAGUUUUGUUCAGCAAAAAUAAGAUCUGUUCUUGAGAUUCUGCUAUCUCAUUGUAAAUUAAAUAGUUCAAUCUUAGAAUUACAUGGUCCCACAGGAAGCAGUAGAACAUUUGCAGAAGGUGUUCUUGAUGCUGAGGAGACAACAUUAUAUUCAGAGUCACCAACUAAAGGACCAAUAAAAUCAAUUGUCUUCUCCCAGUGGACUAGGAUGUUGGAUUUAGUAGAAUUUUCUCUGAAUCAGCAUUGCAUACAAUAUCGGAGGCUUGAUGGCACGAUGACUUUACCUUCACGAGAUAGGGCUGUUAAAGAUUUCAACACUGAUCCUGAGAUUACUGUGAUGCUGAUGUCUUUAAAAGCAGGAAAUCUUGGUUUGAACAUGGUUGCUGCAUGUCAUGUUAUACUUUUGGAUCCUUGGUGGAAUCCAACUACGGAAGAUCAAGCUGUUGAUCGAGCACACAGAAUUGGACAGACUCGUCCUGUUACUGUAACUCGGAUCACUAUUAAAGAUACUGUAGAAGAUAAAAUAAUAAGCCUCCAGGAAGAAAAAAGAAAAAUGGUCGCUUCUGCUUUUGGUGAAGAUCAUGGUGGAGGAGGAGCAAGUCGCCUAACUGUGGACGAUCUCAAAUUUUUAUUUACGGGAGUACAGUUACCACGGUGACUUUUAUAUUCUUGCAGCCUCCCGUAUUUCUUAAUUAUAUUUUGUCUAGGAAGUUUUGAGAGUCAAAACUUUGACUCCCAUUCAACCAAGAUAUGAGGGAUCUGUGGCUGCACUUGUAGGUCCUGCCAAUAUAGUGGCUCAUUUAGGACUCUGAUGGGUGUUGGUAUAUCUUUUUUUAGAUGGUAAUUUUGGUG